AUGUUUGCCCAGGACCCGGAUGGCACGGGAGGAACACCUGGGGGCAGGGCAGCCUGCCCUCGGUCGGUAGGCUGGAAACGAACUUUUGAGGCCUCCACUUCCCGCGGAGCUGCGCCACGAUGGUGGAUCAACGCGCCGACUAUCAUGUGCGAGGCGCCCAAAGAGAAAUGGCAGUCCGAGGGCAUGUACGUGGAGGAAGCAAGGUCCUCGUCGUGCUGA